AUGUCACAAGUGCUACAAGAGAUUCAAAAGAAGCUGGUCUUCCCGAUUGACUUUGUUAGCCAGCGCCAGACGGACCGGCUCGUGCACCGUACGCUGCUUUUCGGCACAAUUGUGGCCAGUUUAAUCGGUUUUUUCACACAAUCGUUGUUCAACCUAAUGCUGAGUUUUGGGGCGACAAUUGCGCUGUGUAUGGUUGCCGUUCUGCCCAGCUAUCCUGCGUACAACAAGAAACGUCCUGAGUGGGUCAAGCCCAAGAUCCGGAUCUAG